AUGCCCGAUGAAGAGUGUCAGCAGACUCCUUCGGCCAACAAUUCUGAUUCUAAUGACAAUCACGAAAAUCAAAAUUCUUCUUCAGAAAACUCGGAAGGUGUUUCUUCUACCCUAUCUUUUUUAAGUGAAAAUGAUGAAGAUUAUAUGGAAAACGAAAACUCUCCAUCAGCUCCUCCAGCUUUAACUUCUCCAGUAAAACCUUCUUCUUCCGCUUCUGGUCUCAGAACUUCUACCGGAAGCAAUGAAAAUAAUGAUGACCAAGAUUCUUUAACUACUUCCAAGAACCAGAAACUUAAAAAAGCAUUGUCUUCCCCAAGUUCAUCAGAUUUAUCAAAUAAAAAUUUUGGCAAUCAUCAAAAUGAGAGUCAAGAUUCUUCACAUACUUCAUUAUCCCCAACACUAUCAGCUUCGUUUACAUCUUCUCCAGCUAGUACUAUUUCUGAACAAAAUACUGCAAAGACUGAUGCUGAAAAUGCGAAGGGAGGUGCAAAUUUUGAUAAUAGUGAAAAACAAAGUUUUAGUUCAUCUCCUCUAACUUCAUCAUCAAAUUCAACUUUCUCCAGUUCUCGAUCUCCAAAUUCGCCGUCUACUUCGUCAAGCAAUUCAGAUUCUAGUGAAAAUAAAAAUGAGUCGGGAAAUACUCAAAGUGGAAUUAACCAUAAUUCAUCUCUUGAUUCUGCACCCAAUCCAAUUUCUUCCCCAACAUCUAAUCCAUCUUCAUCCCCAGCUCUUUCCACUCGUUAUGAAGUAUCUGGUAGCAAUGGGAAUGCUGGAAAUGGUCAAAAAGCUUCUUCCAGUUCGAAAUCCAAUUCGCAAUCUCCUGCAACUACUCCGGAAUCUUCAGCAAUCCCAGUUUCUUCGUAUUCAAAUUCUCCAUCUCCUAAUUUAACUUUAUCCACAAUUACAUGUAACGCUUCAAAUGUUCAAUCUUCAACUUCUUUGACAUCUUCACAUUCGCCAACUUCAUCAUCUCCGCAACCAGAACGUAAUUACUUACUUUUAACUUUUUAA